GUGGACGGCUGGGCCACGGGCCCACUGAAGCGCGUCACCUCCAGCCCUGCCUCGCUGGCGGUCCCGGGACUACAACAGGACCUGAAGGGAGCCUGCCCUUCCUCUGACUUUCAGCUCAAUCCGUGGUGACCCCGGAGUUCCGUCCCUCCCUGGGUGAGCCUGUGCCCUGUUUGUGCAGGGUGUCUGGUGCCCAUUCUGCUUGGGGUUACACAGGUCAGGGCCUGGCCAGGCAGCCAUGGCCGACGAGAAGACCUUCCGCAUUGGCUUCAUUGUGCUGGGGCUUUUCCUGCUGUCCCUCGGCACGUUCCUCAUGAGCCACGACCGGCCCCAGGUCUAUGGCACCUUCUAUGCCAUGGGCAGCAUCAUGGUGAUCGGGGGCAUCAUCUGGAGCAUGUGCCAGUGCUACCCCAAGGAUUUCACAGAAAUGCCCAUGACCUUGAUGAUUGCAAUUGCCUUUGUGCCUGCUGACUCUGACUUCCAAGGCGCCCUGUCCCCGAAGGCACUAGGCCUGCUGGAGAGCAGACUGUCUGACUUGAAGAGCCCCCAGCCCCCCUAUGUCAGGCUGUGGGAGGAAGCCGCCUAUGACCAGAGCCUGCCCAACUUCAGCCACAUCCAGAUGAAGGUCAUGGGUUACAGCGAGGACCCCCGCCCGCUGCUGACCCCUGAGCUGAAGUCGGAAGCCAGCGGUGGAGGAGAUGGUGGCUCUCAUGAUGCUCAGAGUUGGGUGGAGGCUUCUGUUGUUGUCCAUAGGAGUUUGGAUGAGAACGAGCAAGAAGGAACCCCAUCUCAGAGCAGCCCCUCAGCCUGUCCCUUGGCCCCUGCACCCUUGGCUUCCUUCCAAGAUGAGCUGGACAUGGACUCCAGUGAAGGCAGCAGCCCUAACUCAUCUCCAACUGACAGGGAGGAGCCACGCUCUUGGCCGCAGAAGUCACAGGCUCAAAGGGGCCCACUUGACCCCUUCCAUGACUUUGCCCUAAUUGAUGACACCCCCGCAUUGGAUGACACAGCCCCGGAGAAGCAGGAUCAAGAUGCAGCCCAACCCCAAAUCUUGCAGCCAUCUCUGAAGGCAAAGGAAAAGAGGAAGGAUUCUGCAGACACAAGCCCCGAUGAGCCUGAGGAGGAAGAGGAAGACUUGUACUAUGGGCUGCCAGACAUCCCUGAGGACCCCCUCCCGGACAAGGAGCUGGGCUUCGAGGUUGACACUCGGGGCUGAUGUGACUCUGCUCCAAGUUUCCAGCCUGGCAGCUCAGCUAACCCUAAGUGACCUGACAGGGCCUCAGUUUCCCUAUCUGCCAAGUGGGACUGGAUGGAGGGGCAAAGGAGAUAGACAAUGGGCUGGAGUGUUCUGAGAACUGUGAAGGAAUUCAAGGAUGGAGAUGAGGACUCUCAGGGGACCAUGGCUCUUCCAGCGUCUUCCUGCUUGAAGAUCCAAUGAGAUUUGUUGAGAUGUUCAGCAGCUGGAUUCUCAGAAACCCUUUCCAGUCUCCCCAAAGAUGGCCUUUGAUAGGACUUCUCUGUGGUGCUACCCAGGGCCCUGGCCCUGCAUGAAGGUUUCCUUCUUAAUCAGUUUCAAUCCUAUGAUGUGUGGUGUGAUCCAUCCCACUCAGAGCUGACUGCAUUUCCUCCUGGUCCUGUCCCUUCAGGGGCUUCCAUGAUCCUCUAUUGGGAUGCAUGACUGACCUCUGCAGACUCUCAGCUUCACACUUGGACAACCCCGCCCCCCAAUCCACACACUCAUUCUGCAACAUUCUAUCCUUAUUCUGCUGUCCAUGCCCUGGCCUAGCUGCCCUUCUCUAUCAGGAUGACUUCAGGGUCAUUUAUCCAAUGGUUGCAGAAAUAACUCUGGAGGCCUUGCUGAUACCCCAGCUUCCUAGCAUAAGGGAGUCCUCACUUCUUAAGUUCCCUUGGGGUAGGCCCAUUUCUCACUGUGGCUUGCUUCCUGUCCUGUUCUCUAUGGUGCCAUCUCAGCCUUACUCACCUCAGUCUCCAGAAUUCUGGAGCCCCAGAGUUGGUGGCACCUGUGCAUGUGUACAGCACACCAGACCCCUCAGACAAUGCCACCCCCUUGAGUUCCCAAAGUUUAUACUCAAAGACCCUUGACUGUCCAGUGUUCACAUUUCUUUUGUCUGUUGCCUAGCUUGAGCUCGGGCUU